AAAUCAACUGUUAAGUUAUCUUUGCUAUUGAACCAAAAAAACUUUGAAUCUCCAAACUCAACGAUUUUUGGCGACGACAAAAGUGAUUUUCAGUGAUAAAAAAAGCAAAUUCUACCUUAUCACGGAAACAAGUAUCACCGGAAAUCAUCUUCACUUGAAAUUAAAAUUUGUUGGAAAUUUUUCAGAUUCAAUGACAAUGAUAAUUGAUAUAAAACUAACGAUUUAAUGGUUGAGUUUUUUAGUCACUAAUUUGUCGAGUCAAUUAGGGAAUAAAAUCGUGCAAAUAAUAGUUCGGUAUUAAAUUUGUUGAUUUCAAAUAGUUUGAAGAUUAAAAUGCUCAUUUUCUCUACAUUCCCUCUAGUUUUAACAAUUUCACAUGUUCCUCAAAGUUUUUUCUAUUACAAAUGGAAGCUAGGGAUGGAUUACAGACCUUAAGCCAACAAAUAAUGAAGCCCAACAAGUGGAGCUGAAUGAUAAACCAAAGCCCAUUGGAUAUAAGGACCAUGUGCUAUGAUGGGAUGGCUAACUCAGCAAUGGAAGUACUUUUUCUUCCUCUGGCAAUGAAUACAGAUGGUUGCCUUUACUAUUUUAUCAACACAAGUUGGCACAUGGACUCAGAACAUCAAUCAUAAAAAAAGGUUAACCUAAAUAAAAAAUAUUAAAGCCUCGAGCAGCCGAAUAAGACCUUUCUUACAAGGCCCCACACACACUUUGCAAGCCGCCGGGUAUUGGGACACACAUGAUUACAUGAACACCGUUCCGGUUCAUUGUCCGUUUAUUUCUUUGUAAAAGCACCUUCAAAUUUUCUUUAGGUUCUUUAUAAACAAGUGGUAGUUUCAUUUUAAAAAGACAAAUAAUUAGCAACGAUUAAUUAGUAUCAUCUCCAUUUUAUCUCUCUCUAUAUAUGAAAUUUAAUCAGAACUGCAUGUAUUUAAAUUUCGAAUUCCACCUAUGCUUCAUCAGAAAAAAAAAAGAUUUAAUCAAAUACAAAGAGACGAAAAAAUCGACCACGAGCAUAUUCCCCGAUCGCUUAUAUUAAUAGAAAGGUGAAUGGUCGGUCCUACCUCAGAUCAGAUGUAUGAUUUAUAUUUCUUUGUGUUUAAUAAGCAGCAUUCCUACCAUUUCUAAUUAUUUUAACUAACGUUGCAUGUGGUACAAGAAAGAAGAAACUAUAUAAUUAGAAACCAACAAAACACGUAUAAUAAGUAUUGACUGCUUUGUGAAUGAACAUGUUAGUUUAUGUUAAGAGUAUUUAUUUAAUUUACACCAUAAUGUUAUCGAUAAAUACAUAUACAAGUUCUUUUACAAGAGAAAACAUGAAGUGUUUGUAUGAAACAAAUCUGUAAUUAAGUUUUACUAGUGAUGUUAUGUUUUUAAAAAAUUAACCUUGUUAUAUUUAGAUGUUAAAUCACUCUUACUGGCAUACAACAGAUAAAUCUUAAACCAUAUGCUUACACAGUUAACCCCUUAACUCGGAUCUUGUUUCGUUAGAUAUCAUUGUCAAUCGUUGACAUGGAGAUUAUCUAACCGUGCACGGGUUAGCAUUAAGGUCAAGAUAAGCUCUCUAGAAUGAUGAAAUUCAAAACAAAACCAGCAAAACCAAUAAAUUAUAGCCGAAACAAAGACCAAAAAGUCGUCUAAAAGACCCUAUUAUUAAGACAUUUUAAAACCAAGACCGCUUUGGUUUCUAUAUAAAUAGAACCUCACUCUAUACACAUAAACACACACCACAAUCAAUAAACAACACAUUAAAAAUGAAAUUCUCAAUAACAUUGUCUCUCUGCUUCACUCUCUCCAUUUUCUUGAUCGGAGCACAAGCCAAAGUCCCCGUCGACGAGCAGUUCCGAGUGGUCAACGAUGGAGGCUACACCGACUACAGUCCCAUCGAAUACAACCCCGACGUACGUGGCUUCCAGCCCUUCAACGACAACUUCCGUCUCUGUUUCUACAACACAACCCCAAACGCGUAUACACUCGCUCUCAGAAUCGGAAACAGAGCUCAAGAGUCAACUCUCCGGUGGGUCUGGGAAGCAAACAGAGGCUCGCCGGUCAAAGAAAACGCGACGUUGACUUUCGGUGAAGACGGAAACCUCGUGCUCGCCGACGCCGAUGGUCGCCUCGUCUGGCAAACGAACACGGCUAACAAAGGUGCCGUGGGGAUCAAGAUCUUGGAGAAUGGCAAUAUGGUAAUAUACGAUGCCAAUGGUAAAUUCAUAUGGCAGAGCUUUGACUCUCCUACAGACACACUUCUUGUCGGACAAUCACUUAAACGCAACGGACGGAACAAGCUCGUAAGCAGACUGUCUCGUUCGGUCAACACAAAUGGACCGUACAGUCUUGUGAUGGAAGACAAGAAGUUGGUUUUGUACUACACGACAAGCAAAACUCCGAAGCCUAUCGUUUACUACGACUACGAGUUCUUCUCCAAGAUCACUCAGUUACAGUCCAUGACGUUCCAAGCCGUGGAAGAUUCCGACACCACGUGGGGUCUACACAUGGAAGGUGUCGACUCUGGUUCUCAGUUCAACGUCUCAACGUUCCUCUCACGUCCCAAACACAACGCCACGUUGAGUUUCAUUAGGUUAGAAUCAGACGGUAACGUUAGAGUUUGGAGUUACAGCACGCUAGCGACUGCAACGGCUUGGGACGUGACCUACACGGCGUUUACUAACGACGAUACCGACGGUAACGACGAGUGUAGAAUCCCUGAGCAUUGUUUGAACUUUGGUUUAUGUAAGAAAGGUCAGUGUAACGCUUGUCCUACCGACAAAGGGCUUCUUGGAUGGGACGAGACUUGUAAGACUCCGAGUCUCACGAGUUGCGAUCCCAAGACGUUUCAUUAUUUCAAGAUCGAGGGAGCUGAUAGUUUUAUGACUAAGUAUAACGGUGGCUCGUCGGCGACGGAGAAAGCGUGUGGGGACAAGUGUACGAGUGAUUGUAAGUGUUUGGGAUUUUUCUACAACAGGAAGAGUUCAAGGUGUUGGAUGGGUUAUGAGCUCAAGACAAUGAUUAGAACCGGAGAUGCUUCGCUGGUAGCUUAUGUCAAGGCUCCUAAUGCUAUCAAGAAGUCAGUUCUUUGAGGUGUGAAAGGUCAUAUGAGACUAUUGUGUUGUGUGUUUAAUAAUGUCAAAUUUGGUUUGUUUAUCCUUAUAAAAAAGGUGCACUGCUUCUCAAGCUACACCAUAAUAAAGUGAAAUGAAUGAAGCUGAUGAUGAAUCAAUUUCAGAUAUAUUAUGUAUAGUUUUGGAAACUGAUGUUUUGUCAGUA